CUCUACGAUGAUUAGGGUUCUGGUGUUAGAGCAUCCUUUUUGAUGGCCUUAAGGCCUCUGCAUUUCAUCACCAUCGCCCACCCGAGCUGGAUUUCCCUCUCUACCAACUUCUCAUCUUCUUUCACCGCUCUUCUCAAUCACUCUUCUCCGCCUCCGUCAGAGUUCUCCCCCACUUUUCCCCGUCGACUCUAUUCGUCCUUGCCAAAACAACAUAGAUCCAGCCACAACAAGAAACAACAACCCUCUUUUUCUCAGGACCCUUCCCAAACUCUUAAGUCAUCUCUCUCCCUUCCAGAAACCCUGGCGCAGAAGAUUGGAAAAUCCAUGCGCCGUCCUGGCGCUCCCUCCAAGGCCAAGGUUUAUGCCGACGUCAAUGUCAUCCGUCCCAAGGAAUACUGGGAUUAUGAAUCUCUCACCGUUACUUGGGGGGAGCAGGAUGACUAUGAGGUUGUGAGGAAAGUCGGAAGAGGGAAAUACAGCGAGGUUUUCGAGGGCGUUCACUGCACCAAUAAUGAGAAAUGUGUUAUUAAGAUUCUUAAACCUGUGAAGAAGAAGAAGAUCAAGAGAGAGAUCAAGAUUCUCCAGAACCUCUGUGGUGGGCCAAAUAUUAUAAAAUUGCUUGACAUUGUCAGAGAUCAGCAAUCAAAGACUCCAAGUCUGAUAUUUGAACAUGUGAACAACACAGAUUUUAAAGUGCUAUAUCCCACACUUUCCGACUUCGAUAUUCGCUAUUAUAUUUAUGAACUUCUAAAGGCAUUAGAAUAUUGUCAUUCCCAAGGUAUUAUGCAUCGAGAUGUGAAGCCCCAUAAUGUGAUGAUUGAUCACGAGCAACGAAAGCUCCGACUUAUUGAUUGGGGCCUUGCAGAAUUCUAUCAUCCUGGAAAAGAAUAUAAUGUUCGUGUUGCUUCAAGGUACUUUAAAGGACCUGAGCUCCUAGUUGAUUUACAAGAUUAUGACUAUUCUUUAGACUUAUGGAGCCUUGGUUGCAUGUUUGCGGGAAUGAUUUUCCGUAAGGAGCCAUUUUUCUAUGGCCAUGAUAACUAUGAUCAGUUGGUCAAAAUUGCAAAGGUUCUUGGGACUGAUGAGUUAAAUACAUAUUUGAAUAAGUACCGCAUAGAUUUAGAUCCUCACCUAGCUGCCCUCGUUGGGAGGCAUUCUAGGAAACCAUGGUCGAAAUUUGUUAAUGCUGAAAACCAACAUUUGGCUGUUCCAGAGGCAAUUGAUUUUGUGGAUAAGCUGCUGCGUUAUGAUCAUCAUGAAAGGCCCACUGCAAGAGAGGCCAUGGCACAUCCAUAUUUUUACCCUGUGAGAAAUGCUGAAAGCAACAAGUAGUAUCUUGCUAGUCCACCCGAAGAAGAUUCAAUCUUUAGUGGCCGGGAGCAUCGAUGAUGUUCUUUUCUAAUGGUUAGAUCGCCUGUGAAGAUGUGGCUGGCCCAUAUGUUCUUGGCUAUCUAUCUAUCUAUUUUAUGUAAACUUGUAUGUUUGGUACAAUGUUUUUUUGUGUGGCUGUUUUAGUCAUAUAUUCAAUGGUGGGUAUAUGUUGGACACAUUUAUUUUUCUUGCGUGAAUUUGGUGUGCUCUUGAUUUGUGUUACAAGAACUAACAUUUGUUGAGAUAUUCUUUGUUUAAAGGGAUUUUGCAA